ACCACACAACAACAACCAAAAAAAAUCAGGAUAUCAAGUCGCGCCUCCUUGUCCCAUGGACCAUCUCCUUCGGCUGGAGGGUGGCCGGGAGCCUGAGACAUUGUGUCGGUCGCCCCAGAUAAUGAAUGACAAUAGAAUAUAAACGUUGAGGGAGAUCUCCUUCUGGAGGCAGUCAAGUAUCCCAGGCUGUGAUUCUGUAAAUUUCAAUUGCAGGCCGAUCCCGAUCGUCAAAAGAAGAGUUUAUUUUGAUAUCUGAGUUCUUGGAUUUUGUUAUAUGUUGAGAAUUUCUUCCUCAGUUUUGUUAGAUUUUUUUUUGUUUUUUGUUUCAAUUUUAUAUAGAAGAAAAAAGUGAUGGGCAUUGAUUGGGUUUUUUGAAAAUCUGGGAAAUUCCUUGAAUCCGACUUUGAGGAACUCUUGUCUGAUAAAAUUGCUAUAAGAAUUUUGGGAUUUCUUCAGUAUUUUUUGAUUCAAAAGUUUGAUUCGAUAACAUUGAGGAAGGGGAAAUAAAAGGGUGGGUGGAAAGGGAAAGGAAGAAAGAAAAUGGGGGUUAUGUCGAGGCGGGUGUUGCCUGCCUGUGCAAGUCUCUGUUGCUUUUGCCCUUCGCUUCGGGCACGGUCCCGACUACCGGUUAAACGCUACAAGAAGCUCCUAGCCAAUAUCCUCCCUCAGUUUCUGGAUGGAGAACCAAAUGAUAGGAUGAUUAGCAAGCUUUGUGAAUAUACUUCAAAAAAUCCAAUGCGGAUACCAAAGAUUACAAAGUGCUUAGAGCAAAGAUUUUAUAAAGAAUUGCGGAAUGAACACUUCUGUCUUGCAAAAGCUGUGCCGUGCAUAUAUAGGAGACUUUUAGCUUCAUUACCUUUGCCGGCAGGAUUAUUGAUUGUGUCAUUGUUUGCUCCUAGCUUAUUGGGCAUUGUACGAACACUUCUUGAUCAAACACAAGAAGAUGACAUGUGUAUUCUGGGUUGUCUUAUGCUUGUUGACUUUCUUAACAGUCAGGUGGAUGGCACUUACAUGGCCAACGUAGAAGGACUCAUACCCAAACUUUGUCAUCUUGGUCAAAAUGUAGGGAGAGAUGUUGGGGGACUCCGAGUGCGCUCUGCAGUGUUGCAAGCUCUUGCUUCUGUGGUGCAAUUCAUGGGCGAGUACUCCCAUAUCUCAACAGACUUUGAUGAUAUUGUCUCAGUAACCUUGGAAAAUUAUAAGGCUCAUCAAAUGGGCUCAGAAAAUCAUAAGCAAGAUUUGCAAUACAUUCAACCUCCGAAUCACUGCAUGGAAGAAGGUAUCAGAAUUGAAGAUGACGUUUCUUCCUUCCAGGAUUCCUGGAAGAAGGUUCUGUUAGUACAUAACAGUGUAAAAGUUGAACCGGGUACCACAGUGGAUAUUUCCAAAAGCCUUAUAUACUGGUCUAGAGUUUGCUUGCACAAUAUGGCCAAUCUUGCUAAGGAGGCAACUACUGUGAGGCGUGUUUUAGAACCCCUAUUUCGUAACUUCGACAGUGAAAAUUAUUGGUCUCCUGAGAAAGGAGUUGCUUGUUCUGUUUUAACUGAAAUGUGGGCUCUAUUGGAGAAGUCAGGACAAAACAGCCAUUUGCUAUUAUCUAUCAUAAUCAAGCACUUAGAUCACAAGAAUGUCGCCAAGCAGCCUCUUAUGCAGAUUAGUAUUGUCAAUGUGGUGACACAUCUUGCACGGCAUGCAAAGUCGCAGGCUUCAGUAGCUAUAAUUACUGCAAUCAGCGACUUGAUGAGACAUUUGCGCAAAUGCAUGCAAUGUUCAAUCGAAGCAUCAAACUUGGGUGUUGAUGUCGAUGACUGGAACUCUAUUCUUCAUUUUGCCUUAGAAGAGUGUCUUGUGCAACUGACAAACAAGGUAGGGGAUGUUGGACCUAUUCUUGAUAUGAUGGCUGUCGUGCUGGACAAUCUCUCUUCUACUGCUAUUGUUGCAAAAACUACAAUUUCUUCUGUUUAUCGUCUUGCACAGAUAAUAGCUUCUAUCCCUAACUUAUCAUAUCGCAAGAAGGCUUUUCCAGAAGCUUUAUUUCACCAGCUUCUCUUAGCAAUGGCACACCCAGACCAUGAAACAAGAGUUGGCUCCCAUCGUGUUUUUUCUGCCAUUCUUGGGCCCUCAAUUAUUUGUCCUUGGUUAAUUUCAUGUAUUCCAGUUACAUUGAAGGGAUAUGAUCCACAAGGUACACUUUUGGUAGCUCUCUCAGGUUUUUGUUCUUCAAGGGGUAUAUUGAAGAAGUUGGGGAAAGAAACUACUGUUAAGAAUGAACGCCUAGAAAAGAUGGGGAAGAUGAAUGCGGCAGUGGAACGUACACUGAAGGAUAGAUACCAACAGAUGAAUGCAGACAUAAGCCAGUGUACAGUUUACCCCUCCCAGAAUGAUCCUCAUAGCAUCAACUUCUCUCCCUCCCUUUCUCUGUCUAAUGGGAGAGCUGUUACUAAAACUAGACAAGAAGAGCCAACAUUUAUGAGAUUGAGAAAUCACCAAGUGGGUCUUCUGCUCUCAUCAAUAUGGGCUCAGGCAACAUCACAAUAUAAUAUGCCUGCAAAUUAUGAAGCAAUGGCACACAGUUACAACCUUGCUUUAUUAUUUUCUCAAUCGAAAAACUCUAGUCAUGUGGCUCUAGUUCGUGGUUUUCAGUUAGCAUUUUCACUGAGGAGGAUCUCCCUUGACCAUGAAAAUCGUUUGCAGCCAUCUCGCAGAAGGUCCCUAUGUACCUUGGCAUCAUCCAUGCUUCUAUUUUCAGCAAAGGCCUGUGAUCUUGCAGUCUUAGUUCCUUCCAUGAAGGCGACCAUCACAGAGAAAAUGGUCGAUCCUCAUCUUCAUCUGAUUGAUGAUAGCAGAUUGCAAGAAUCUCCUAUCAAUAAGGCAGUUUAUGGGUCUGAGGAAGAUGAAGUUGCUGCAUUGAAAUUCCUUGUAGUAAUAGAAAAUAAUGAUAAGCAACUAAAAGAGACUGUGAUAUCCCAUUUACUAAAGAAGUUUGAAAACUUGCCAGAGGAAAAGUUAAUGGACAUAAAAGAGCAGCUCUUACAGGAAUUCUCACCUGAUGAUGCCUUUCCACUUGGUGGUCCCUUGUUCAUGGAGACACCGCAUCCAUGUUCACCAUUCGAACAAUGGGAAUGCCAAUCUUUCGACAUGGUCAAUGAUGCUUCUGCACUUUCGGAUGAGGAAAAUCUACUUUUAGACACGUGCGGAAGUCAGUCAGAUAGGAAAACAUCAGAAUCCAUAAAUGCAUAUGAUGUUUUAAGUGUUAAUCAAUUGAUAGAAUCGGUUCUCGAAACAGCACGACAAGUUACUAUCGUACCAGUUACUUCCACCCCUGUGCCAUAUGACCAAAUGAAAAGACAGUGUGAAGCCCUUGUCAUGGGUAAGCAACAAAAGAUGUCAGUGCUUCAAAGUUUCAAGCACCAGCAAGAAGGAUCAAAGGACCUGAUAGAAGAGAAUGAGGUCAAUUCCUUGGAUAGUUACAAGUUAGUGCAUUAUCCCGAGGGAGAGACGAAAUCAAUUGGCAAGGAGCAAAUUUGGGGCGGUGAUUCAGCAUCUAGUGGGUCCAAGGAGUCCUUACGGUUACCACCUUCAAGUCCGUAUGACAAAUUUCUAAAAGCUGCUGGAUCUUGAAAAAAGAUCCAUAGCAUCGUACAUGUUGUAACUAGAUUCAGACAUUUUGAUGAUACAAUGUAUCAUAGAUCUGUUCUUUUGUUUCCUGUUCCCAGACUCCUUUUCUUUCUUUUUAUUCUUCUAGGAUAUAGGACUUUCCUAUUAGAACAGGUUGUUCAAAAGGAUCCCCUGUUCUUCCAUCAAAUAUUCUGCUUUUUCCUGGAUACUCGGGUUCAAAUACCCAUGGAUUUUUUGUUUGCUUACAGGCUUCAUAUAAUUCAGAAAACACUAGUUUUCUUGAAGCCUCUUGUUCAUAUCUCUCAUCAAAAGGUGCUAUUCUAUAAUGUUUCUUUAGCAGAUCCCCCGCUAAUCCGAGCGAGCAUUCAAAUAUCUGUCCCACAUUCAUUCGUGAGGGUACUCCUAAUGGGUUGAAGAUCAUAUCAACAGGUGUCCCAUCUUGCAAAUAGGGCAUAUCUUGUCUAGGCAAAAUUUUUGAAAUGAUACCUUUAUUCCCAUGUCUUCCGGCUACUUUAUCACCUACUUUGAUUUCACGUUUCUGUGAAAUAUAUACACGAAUCAUUUCUGGAUUAUAACUGGAACCCUCCUUUUUCUGAAUCCAUCUCACAUCAAUAACGCGACCCCUUCCACCUAUAGGUAGUUUUAGAGAAGUUUCUUUUGCAGUGGAGACCUGAAUGCCAAGUAUGACUCGUAAUAAUCUAUCCUCCGGGGAAUACGGACUUCUCAUGUGCAAAUUCCCAGCUGGAGAAGUCUAAAGUAGAAACUAGGCAUUAAGAGUAAUUUUAUUCUAUUUGAAUAUAGCAACAACAUUCAUGGAA